UCACGAAACUAGAUAGAGUUGUACUCUGGCCCAAACCCAUCGGCCUCUCGCGUUUGUUGAAUCUGAAGCCCCUUCUCUUUUUCUUCAUCAGCAGGCACUGGCAGCAAACAAAAAGUUCCUCAGAGCCGUAGCCUUCUCAGGCCAGACAAAUCCCUCAGUUUUGGAAGCAGCAUCCAAAGAACGGAAAUAUGUGCUGCUAUUAAACAUCCUGCUCUGUUCUGCACCCGAUGCUCUUUGGCAGAAACAAACUGCAAAACCCUAGAAAACGACACCUAGAUCGAAAUUCAGCCAAGGUUAAGAAUCAGUCUUGUGGAGUCGUUCUCUGGCCCAAACCCUCUUGUUAGUUGAAUCUGAAGUUCCAUCAUCUUCGUCAGCAGCAAACAAAGUUAAAAAGAGCCAUAGCCUUCUCAAAUCUCUAAGAUUCCGGAACAGCACAAAAACAACGGAAAGAUGUGCUCCUGUUAAAAUCCUCCAAAUCAACAACGAGACGGUCAAACGUCCUGCUCUGCUCGGCAACACCCCAGAAAACGACAUUUGAUUGAACUUCAGCCAAGGCUAAGAAUUAGUCUUGUAAGUUGUCCCUUGCAUUGCUAAUUUCAUACAUUUCAGUGAUGAUUCGUUUACUCUACUCUAAAACACCACAAUUGGUAUCUCCUAUUUUGAGACAUUUUUGUGAUUUAAGGACCUAUUCACAGUUUCUUCAAUCUACACCUGUUACUGUUGUCAGAGCUUUCUCGUCUGAUAACAAUACGGCAGUAGAAACCUCUUUUACAGUUUCAUACCUCAUAAAUUCAUGUGGGUUGUCACGAGAAGCUGCUAAUUCUGCUUCUAAGAGAGUGCAAUUUGAAAACGUGGAAAGGCCAAACUCUGUGCUUGCUCUUCUCCACAAAUAUGGUUUCUCCAAUCCCCAGAUAACCAAAAUUGUUAAGUUGUAUCCAUUGCUUCUUUUAGCUGAUCCUGAGAAAACUAUUUUUCCAAAGCUUAUGUUUUUCUCUUCUAUUGGGAUCAGUAGCCCAGACAUUGCAGAACUCAUCUCUUCAAAGCCAGUUGUAUUAACCCAUAGCUUAAGGAAUCGAAUUAUUCCUGUUUAUAAAUUCCUCAAGUCUGCAUUGCUAUUUGAUGAUGACAUGGUUAUUAAAGCUAUGAGUAGGGGAUCGAGAAUUUUUCAACACGAUGUGGAAAGGGUUAGUGCUCCUAAUUUGUUGUUCUUGAGAGAAAUUGGAAUGCCACAAUCCUGUAUCCAGCUGUUAUUGAUACAUUAUACUAAUUUGUUAUUGUUUAAAGUUGGCAUGUUUCGCAAUAAGAUCAAAGAGGUUAUGAAUAUGGGUUUCUGCCCUACAGAAACGAAGUUUAUCCGUGCCCUUGCUGCAAUUACUCAAAAUGAAUCAAGUUGGCAACACAAAAUUGAGGUUUAUGUAAGAUGUGGUUGGUCGAAAGAUGAGAUCUUGUCAGCUUUCAAAAAGGAUCCUCGAUGCAUGACUUUUUCGGAGAAGAAAAUAAUUGGUACUAUGGAUUUUCUCGUUAAUGUGAUGGAUUUAAAGCCUUCAACAGUAGCUGCAAAUCCAUAUCUACUUUCUCACAGUUUGAAGAAGAAAAUAAUUCCUAGGGGUUUAGUUAUUAAAAUUUUGAUGUCGAAAGGUGCAUUGGAGAAGAAUAUCAGUUUCUCUACUGUGUUGACAUCAAGUGAGAAAUUUUUCUCAGAAAUGUAUGUGGACAAACACAAGGAGCAUAUUCCUUCUUUGCAGGAUGUAUUUGAAGGUAGGAUGUGCCCUCGAGAACUAGGGUUUCAAUAUGGGCACUAACAUGUUAGAUUUAGAUUUUUUUUUAUUUAUUAUUAUUAUUUUUGUAUAUCUCUGUAUGGCUUAACCACUAAAGAUUUGGUCAGCUUAGUGUAGAGAAUUUUUGAGACUUGUUUCUACUAUGGAUAAUCUGGUGGGACAGUUUGUCCUCAAUCCUUGGAACUUGAGUGGUUCUUAUGAAAUUGUUUGGAAUUCAGGUCCUUUUUUGUUUUUUAA